AUGUUCCGCAACCUCUUCGAGUUCCCGGUUUCGCGGCCGUUCCCGUACGGGCGGCUGUGGAACAUUCUCACUCUCAUCUUCUCGAUUUUUGUCCUCGCGUUUCUCGUGGUAUAUGCCACUGCUACCGCCGGGUACGAAACGGUCACCAUGUCCUCGAACAACUACAACCACAAGUCGACGGGUUGGUACACCAUCUUCAUCCCGCAGAGGGGUGAUAACUGCGACACCCAAAUCAUAACCGUCGCCGACAAAGUGUACACGACCAAUGGUUCCAUCCCAUGGACAGUCAUGUCAUGGCGCGACCGCAAAACUGGCGAGACCCCUUGGGCAACCGACUACGCAGCGGAAAAAAUCCAGAGCUGCGUUCUCACGAACAUGGUGAUGGAGUUCAACAUGCAGGUUGAGAUUUCCACUAUCUUUGUCUCGAUGAACUGCACGAUGGACAAAUACGAAGUGUCACUCGCAUCCGAUAUCCGGUUCCCUCUCAACAUCCAAGUUGCCAAGGCGAUGUGGGCCAGCAUAGGUUUUACGGCUGCCAAGGUGAAGGCAGUGAACUGGAAUGCUCUCUUCGAUCUCACCCUGGCGUGGGAUGGCAUCCGUAGCCUGUAUGCGGCUGCUCAAAACCAGCCCAACUACCGCCUCAGCGUCGGCCUCGAAACCAACGCUACAGAGUUCUGCGGAUUUGACAUGUGCAACACCACCUGUGACGGAGCUAACACCAGUGUGUCCGACGAUUUGAAUGACCGGUACCAGCAAGACUUCCCGGGAUUUCUGGGGGUCCCGUUCACCAACCUGGCUGUAUGGAUUUCUCAAGUCGUCUUUUGGGACCUUGGUCUUGCAAGCAGCACCAACCUCAUCAGAGACUAUGCCGCCCGGCCCCAAUAUAUACGGCGCUGUCCUACCUGUACACAGGCCAACCAGUUGCUCGACCGGGAUCCCGGCGGCCUCUGGGUCGGUGGUACACUGCCACUUGACGACCCUGGCUUCACUCCUCCCAAGGACCAGGGCUUCAACGUCCAGUACCUCUGCAGGGUCAGGGUGCGCAAGUCCGCGGCCAACCUGGUCCAGUCCGUCCUCGUCGCCGUCCUCAGCCUCUUCGCCGCAUACUGGGCAUUCUACCGCACCGUCUGGGUGUUCUGGGGCACUCACUUUGGCAAGGAGCGCCACAAGCGCGUCUUCAAUGGCGAGCCCGAAACGCCCACGCCCACCAGCAUGCUCAGCUACGGCCCCGUCAAGCCGGGUUCCCCGGUCCCAGGCUAUACGGGAAACCCUCCCGUCACGUAUCCCCAGCCGACGGGCUACUUUGUUCAGCAGAACCCUUAG